AUGGCCGUGCGCUCCUCGUUAGGGUCUGGAGACCUUCGUAGCUUGCCUACCCCAGCGGGCGCCCUUCCUGGCGUUGCGGGAAGGGCUUCUGUCUCGUGCAAAGACUUGUACUCCCGCUCAAGAGCUCGCAGCAUGAGGAGGCCGCCGCCGGAUGGAGGCUGCGGGUGGUAUGAGUAUGGGUUGUACGACGUGGCACUAGAGUUGACAGAAGUUCCUUUGCGCCCGUUUGAGUUGGAAUACCGAGAGCGCACUGUCUUGACACCUGAGGAACCCCAACCUGUGGAACUGCCUAGCAAGAGGCAACCCGCUGUGCUGGUUAAACUUAAGCACAAACCUCGCGCUUGUGCACCACCUCAUCCCUCUACAGUACGCCUCCGCUAUGAGCCCGAAGCCGCUCCCCUAGUGUUUGCUGCAGGUGGUCAACAGCAACAGCAGAAGUCUGAAAAAGUAGAAAAACAGCUGUCAACCCAAAUGAACAAAGAUAACGAAACUUCCAGUGGGGUUCCUAAGGCGAUCAAAAAAACAGAAAAAGUAGGCGACAAGUAUGACAAAGUCGAAAAAGGAGACAAAAAUGACAAGCAUGACAAAAUAGAAAAGUCCAACAAAGAUAAGUUGGAAAAGAAGGAAAAGGAGAAGAAGAAGAACAAAGACGGCCCGCAGGAACCAGCCGAAUCCUAA